CAGUCCGGGACAGCGCGAGAGCCGCAGCUGGAGCGCACGGGGAUCCGCGCGCGAGAGAGAAGUGCAGGGGGAAGCGCGAGAGCCGCUCUGGACUCUUCUUCUGCUUCUGAUCGCUCACUGAGAGGAGAAGCACUCGCAAGCUAUACUCUCACAAACACACACACACAUAAACACACAGUCACGCAUACACUCACAAACACACACACACUCUCGCGCACUCACACGGAGCAGCGAGCGUGAACAGCGCGAGGAGGAGCGCGCGACCUGCAGCAUGCAGAAAUGUCUGCAGAGACGGAGCUGGAUGUGAGAGCGGGGUCCGAGCCCGCGACGGACGAGGGGAGCGGCGGCGGGAGGAGAGCGCGAGACGACCGGGCAGCAGGAGACGGAGGAGGCGGCGGCGGCGGCUCGCGAGGAGCGGCGGCAGCCUCAGCGGCAGCGGCAGCGGCAGCUCACAGCUCCAUGCAGUUCAGCACGCGACCGGCCAGCGCGGAGCCGGGCUACAUGGGGACAUGGCAGCAGCAGAACACUGACACCAACCUCCUGUUCAGGAUGUCCCAGCAGGCCAUUCGCUGUACUCUGGUGAACUGCACCUGUGAGUGCUUUCAGCCGGGGAAGAUCCACCUGAGGACCUGCGAUCAGUGCAAACACGGAUGGGUCGCUCACGCUCUGGAUAAGCUGAGUACGCAGCACCUGUAUCACCCGACGCAGGUGGAGAUCGUGCAGUGUAACGUGGUGUUUGAUAUCAGCAGCCUGAUGCUGUACGGGACACAGGCCGUCCCCGUCCGACUCAAGAUCCUGCUGGACCGUCUCUUCAGCGUCCUGAAGCAGGACGAGGUCCUGCACAUCCUGCACGGCCUGGGCUGGACCCUCCGAGACUACGUCAGGGGAUACAUACUGCAGGAUGCUGCAGGCAAGGUGCUGGACCGCUGGACCAUCAUGUCCCGUGAAGAGGAGAUCAUUACCCUGCAGCAGUUCCUGCGCUUUGGUGAGACCAAAUCCAUCGUGGAGCUGAUGGCGAUCCAAGAAAAGGAAGGCCAGGCGGUCACGGUUCCCUCGUCGAAGACCGACUCCGGCAUCAGGACUUUUAUCGAAAGCAACAACCGAACCCGCAGCCCUGGCCUCCUCACGCACUUGGAGAACAACAGCCCUUCCAGCAUCCACCACUUUGAGAACCUCCCCAACAGCUUGGCUUUCCUGCUGCCCUUCCAGUAUAUCAACCCCGUCUCUGCUCCAAUGUUAGGCCUGCCACCAAACGGGCUUGCCUUGGAUCAGGCGGCGCUUCGUCUCAGAGAGCCAAACCACCCCAACCAAAGCGAGCCAGUGGAGAGCAGUGAGUCCGAAGUGUCCCUCUCGCCCUUUCGCAGCAGCCAGAGCCCCAGCCGAGGAACCAUGGGAUCCUUGCCAAACUCAAUCGAGCCCAAAACAGAGCCUAACGGCUCCUCGCCAAUCACCCCCAGCCCCGUUGCGCAGCAGUCCCAGCAACAGCAGACGCAGCAGCAACAGCAGCAGCAGACGCAGGUCCAGCAACAGCAGCAGGGCAAUGCCCUUAACGACCACCAGACCCAUCACCACUUUGUGAAGAGCGAGCAAUCCAAGAGCAUAACCCACUCUUCGUUCUCCUCCAAGAUGCACCGCAUGCGUCGCAUGGGAACGCCUUCCCGCAAAGGCCGAGUCUGCUGCAAUGCCUGCGGCAAGACCUUUUACGACAAGGGCACUCUGAAGAUACAUUACAAUGCUGUACAUCUGAAGAUCAAGCACCGCUGCACCAUCGAGGGAUGCAACAUGGUCUUCAGCUCGCUGCGUAGCCGUAACCGCCACAGUGCUAAUCCUAACCCUCGCCUCCAUAUGCCAAUGCUGAGGAACAACAGAGAUAAGGACCUCAUCCGGUCAUCCGGCUCAGCCACCCCAGUCAUCUCAAGUGCCAAAAGUGGCUUUACCUUAACCAGCCCUGGACGACCGCCGCUAGGGUUCGCCACUCCUCCUCUAGACUCCAUGAUGCAGAGCCCUCUGCAGAGUCCCCUGGUCUUCCCGUCGCUGAAGUCUGUGCAGCCAGUGCAGCCGGUGCCACCCUUUUACCGUACAUUGCUUUCCCCUGCUGACAUGGUGAGCCCUCCAGUGUCCCUGCCCACCAGUCCAAUCUUGCCCACAACCACCAACAGCACCUCCCUCAUGGAGCAUCAGCAACAGAUCUUGGCAGCAAGUGCCAACAACACCCAUAUGUCUGAAAUGUCCCACCACCUCUCCACAACCCCUGGUGUGCCAGAUCAAAUCAACACUGACCCCACACCCAAAAAGAAGCCCCGCAAGUCUAGCAUGCCUGUCAAGAUCGAGAAAGAAGUAAUCGACGUAGCUGACGACUAUGACGACAAAGACGACGACGAUGACGACAGCUGCCACCAUCGCCAUCCUUCAUCCCACCUUCACAACAACAUCAACGGCAACUGCAACAACAACAAUAACAGCAGCAGCGGUCACUUGAGUGGAGGCAGCGGGCACCAGUCGCCCUCGCAAGACGAGAUGAGCCCCAGCCUCACGUUAAGGGGUAUGCUGAGGCCGGAUCCCGACGAUUGCCGUGGAGGCACCAGCGAUGGAGGUACCAGUGAACUGCGAUGCAUGGAUAGCUUCACCUCCGAAGAUCAGGACCACGAACGUGACUUCGAGAACGACUCGGAGACAUCGGAGUCUAAGAUGUUUUACCGUGACGAGAUGAUGGACACGGAGGAGCACCGCAAUGCCUCGGGAAGUCUGGACAAAGAGAAGGACGAAGGAGAGGAAGAAGGUCAGCUGCGGAAAGAACUGGAGGAUAAAAGCCGCUCCUCGCCCUCUCCGCACCAGCCGGUGAUCAAAAUCAAAGAAGAACUCAACGACCCCACCUACGACAUGUUCUGCAUGGGUCAGUACGGUCUCUACAACGGCGGGAUGGCUGCUGCGGCCGCCGCGGCCGCUAGCAUGGCUGCCUUGCACGAAAGCUUCAUCUCCUCGAUGGGCUACGGCUCCAGCCCCCCCAAGUUCCACUCCCAGUCGCCCGAGGGCGAUUUGUGCUCCAGUCCCGACCCCAAAAUCUGCUACGUCUGCAAGAAGAGCUUCAAGAGCUCCUACAGUGUCAAACUGCACUACAAAAACGUGCACCUGAAAGAGAUGCACGUGUGCACUGUGGCCGGUUGCAACGCUGCUUUCCCUUCCCGACGGAGCAGAGACAGGCACAGCUCCAACAUCAACCUGCAUCGCAAACUGCUGACCAAAGAACUGGACGACAUCGUCCUGGACCCCCAACUCACGCCGCUGCCCAAGGACCUUCGCACCGAGUUCCUGGCCAAGAUCUACGGAGGCGGUCACCACCACCACCACCACCAUCACCACCACCACAACCUGGGGCUGGAGGGGGUAGCAAGGGCCCACAGGAACGCGUCCCACAGGGAGGAGGCUGGGUCCCCCAUCGGCGCAGAGUACCCCCACAGCGACGGCUAUCGCGGCAACGACGACUACGCGGUGGUCCUGGACCUGAGCACCACGUCGAGCGUGCAGUCCAGCGGCAGCGUGCACUCCUCGCGCGAGUCCGACGAGGGCAGCGACGAGGGGAUCCUGCUGGACGACCUGGAGGGCAGCGAGGAAGGAGACGAGGCCGGCCAGGGCCACCCAGCCAUCCGGGACGACGACGGCAGGGCCAGAGAGCCGAAGGGCGAGGAGCUGGCGCCCUCUGACCCCGCCUUGUCGCUUUCCGGGGGCCUCAGGUCGGGCAGCAACAACGACAACAGUGACAACAACGACACCAACAGUGACAACAACGGUAACGGCACUAACAACGGCGUGAGCGGGGGCAUCCUGUGCACGAUCUGUCACAAAAUGUACAGCAACAAGGGCACCCUGAGGGUUCACUACAAGACUGUCCACCUGCGGGAGAUGCACAAGUGUAAGGUUCCCGGCUGCAACAUGAUGUUCUCGUCAGUUCGCAGUAGGAACCGGCACAGCCAGAACCCGAACCUGCACAAAAACCACACAACCUUCCCCAACAUGGUCGAAUAGCCCGGCUCUAGCCUUCACCUUCUUCCCCUCGUCCGUGCGAAUGCUCCGUGUGGUCGACUACGCCAUGCGCCGCCAUGCACGUAGACUACGGCAUGCGCUGCCGCCGCGACCGCCAAACGCUUUCCUUCCCUAAAAAACUCGUCCAAAAAAGACGUACAGUACGUGUACCGGGUGCCCCUGUCACGCCUGUCAGACAAGAAGCGCAAAAACACAAGAAAAAAAAAACCUUCAGUGUUAUUUCAAAAAUUCUCCAAAAGGUUCUGUUUCCAACUCUAAGCAGACUAUAAGAAUCAGCAUUGUGCCCUUUUGACAUUUUUCCUUCUUUGGAAGAACUUUGAUCGGAGCGAUUCUGAGACAGCUCCAACUUUUACCCCUCCCCUCCCCUCCCUCAUAUCGCCCCCUUCUUUUCGUCCGACUCCAAAGAAGCUCCUCAGACUCUUUGUGUGUGACUGUUGCCUGCAGAAACGAUGAUAAAAUAUCGAGAAAAAAAUGAGAAAAACGAGAAAUCGAGUCUCCUUGUUGUAUUUGUGUAAUGAUAGCUUUUAAAAGAUAAAAUCCCGUACAUAAGCAUGAAUGGCUUCAAUUUGUAAAUAAUGUCCUGAGAGGCUUCUUUUUGGUGUAAAACAAUUGAUGAGUAUUGAUGGUCGUUUGCAACCGUUUUUCCUUUUUUUGUUUUCAUUUUUCUUUUUUGAAUUUUUGAAUUUUUGAUUAAUUCCUCUAUUUUGUUUCCUAUUUUUUUUGUUAUGAUUUGGGUUCAAUAUUAUGUUACAGAGUACAACAAUACUUCCAGACACACUUUCAGAGUACAGUGUAAAAAAGUGUAGGCGAGAAGAGGUAGCAUCUUACUAGCUCGAUUGAUUCAUUUAUUUUAUUAGCUUUUUCUUUCUUUCGAAAUGGAAAAGACAAAGAAAAAAGGCAUAAAAAAACGUUUUAUCCGAGAUGGAAAAAAAACAGAAGUAAAAAAAAAAGAAGAAAGAAAGAAAAUCUCGUGACUUGUUUUAUCUACUUGUGAGAUAUGCGCGGGGAGCUGGCAUGCUUUCGGGCUCCUGGAUGCUUUUUCUUUUUACUCCUUUUCUUAUGUUUAUAGCUUUAGUACGGAAUUGAGUUUUGCACUUUGCGACUAUACGAGCGGGAUGUGUAAUAUUAUUACAAGGAAAACACUUUGCAAUGAUGGCUCUCCGACAUGGCAGUGUUUUGAGUUAUUCAUGGCUACGGCGCCAGGGGGAAAUUACUGUAUCUUUGCAUAAAUGUGCCAGUUUUGCACAAACAUUCAGUUCAGAAAUAAAAAAUAACAUCAGAAAAAAGAAGAAAAACUACAAAGACCCACAUUAGCCCAGGACUAAUGUAGUGAUCCAGCCUAUCCAGUGUAUUUACACAGUGUUUCUAUCAGUAUUUUCCUCUGCAGGGCGUGAGAUUAAACAGAACUGCCGUUUAGCUGCAGAUUAGAAGUAUUAACAGGUCACUUCCUGUCCGCUUCUGCCCGUUUCCUGUCUGCCGCACAGGUAAACACCCGCGGGUUAAUGGCUGUAAAGUAUUCCCCCACAAUUAGUCUCCAGGUGAAGUAGGACCUCCUGUACUGCAUGCGCUGUGAUCAUACCAGAGUUAGUGAGCGUCCCGUAACUAGUUUUGUCUCUUUAGGUUUUACUCCAGAACGGAAGACUUUUACAUUUCCUUAAAACUGAGAAAAACGGAACAGUUCUCAUUUCCCUCAACUCUAAAACUCAACUCUAAAACUCAACUCUGAAACUCAACUCUGAAACUCAACACUGAAACUCAACUCUAAAACGGAACUCUAGAACUCAACUUUGAAACUUAGCUCUAAAACUCAACUCUAAAACUUCAAUUCUGAAACUCAACUCUAGAUCUCAACUCUAAAACUCAGCUCUGAAACUCAACUCAAGAUCUCAACUCUGCAACUCAACUCUAAAACUGAACUUAAAAAAAAAAAACUAAAACUCAACCUUCAAACUCCACUCUAAAACUCAACUCUGGAACUCAGCUCUGAAACUCAACUUUCAAACUCAACUCUGAAACUCAGCUUUCAAACUCAACUCUGAAACUCAACUCUAAAACUCAACUCUGAAACUCAGCUUUCAAACUCAACUCUGAAACUCAGUUUUAAAACUCAACUCUGAAACUCAACUCUAAAACUCAACUAUGAAAUUCAACACUAAAACUCAACUAUGAAAUUCAACACUAAAACUCAACUCUAAAACUCAAAGCUUCAAGAACCCCAAAUAAAACACAAUUAACUGAAAGCAGUGUUCACCAUUUUACAGUAUAGAGUUUAUUAUUCAUUGGUUCCAUUUUCACUAUUAAUUCCCUUUGCACAGUGUUCACUAUUCAGCAAUGCAGAAUUCAUCAUUUCUUUAGAGCAGUGUUCACUAUCAGUGUAGUGUUUACUACCCAGAAGUUUACUGUUUAGUAUUUAGUGUAUUGUUUAUUAUUUCUCAACUCACUAUUCACUAUUCCUGAGUAGAGUGUUUACUGUUCCUCGGUUUCAUUGUUCACGAUUCAUCAAUUCACUGUUCACUAUCGAUUCAUUAUUUCUUAACUUACUGUUCACUUUUUUUCGGUUGAUUAGGGCACUGUUCACUACUCCUUGGUUGUAUAAUUUUACAAUGUCUUGAGUUCACUAUUUACUAUUCUUUAGUGCACUGUUCACUAUUCCUCAUGUCACUAUUUCUCAGUUGGUUCACUGUUGUUGUUUUUUUGUUGUUUUUUUACCAUUUCUGAGUUGCUGUUCAUUAUUUCUCCAGUUCAUUGUUCACAAUUAUUUGUUCCCUUUUUUUUUACCAUUCCUGUGUUAAUUUUUUACUCUUCAUUCAUUUGCUGUUCACUAUUCCUUGAUUCAUUAUCUUUAACAUUCCUUGGUUUGCUGUUCACCACAUCUCAGGUCACUGUUCACUAAUCAGCAUCUAUUUUUGAAUAAAGGCGCCACAAAGGGGAUAUCGACCAAUAAGAGAGAAGAAUACUUUAGAUUCUUUAAAGAACUGUGUGUAAAGGGUUAAAGUGGUUUAAAUACAGUGUAAAGGUUCUGUAUAAAUGUAAAGACUUUAGAAAGAAUAAACCCUUAAACAGUAAAACUGUAGAACCUUUAAAUGAUUUAGCAGAUUAAGGUUCUUUCUAGAACUUUUACAAACAAUAAAUUUAGGCUCUUUAAAAUUACAGUGAAUUUCCUACUUAACUAAUUCACAAAUAUGAUGCUGUUUAAACGUGUAUCUAAAGUGCUUUAAAGGGUUCUGUAGUGCCAAUGUGGAUUUUCCAACCAAUGCUCUUGAAGAACCAGUUUUGGAAGAUUCUGCUUGUUUUCUGUUUAUAUUGUGAGUGUGAAUAAUCUCAAAAUGUAAAGGUCAUACUCUAAUGAAAGGUUCUUCCUAGAACUGUUCAGGAACCUUCUUCUUAUGGAGUGUGGAGCUUCUUGAAAAAAGGACAUUUUAAAGUAAAAUAAUCAUUUUUAAAUGCUUUUUAUUAAAAAACGUGAUUAUAAACUGAUAAAAUUGGAAAUGUACUCACUCUGGAAAAUGCAGAACUUGACUAACGUUUAAUGGUAAGGUUCUAAAGGUUCUAAAAGGUUCUAAAGGUGCUAAAAUAAGCUGUCGGAAUGAUCUCCCUCGCUUUCUCUUUCUGAGUUUUGAAUUGUUAAAUUGAAUUGAAUUAUUUAAUUUACCCAGCAAUAGUUUUGUAGUUUUGUCACAAUAGUGGAAGAGAAUUGGUGAUAUGUAAGAUUCUAUAAAGAACUACAUUAUGUGGAAUAUUCAUAUAAGUAUAAUAUAGUAUAAGUAUAUACAGCUUUGGAAAAAAAUGAAGAGACCACUUCAGUUUCUGAAUCAGUUUCUCUGAUUUUGCUAUUUAUAGGUUUAUGUUUGAGUAAAAUGAACAUUGUUGUUUUAUUCUAUAAACUACAGACAACAUUUCUCCCAAAUUACAAAUAAAAAUAUUCUCAUUUAGAGCAUUUAUUUACAGAAAAUGAGAAAUGACUGAAAUAACAAAAAAAGAUGCAGAGCUUUCAGACCUCAAAUAAUGCAAAGAAAACAAGUUCAUAUUCAUAAAGUUUUAAGAGUUCAGAAAUAAUCAAUAUUUGGUGGAAUAACCCUGGUUGGUUUUUAAUCACAGUUUUAAUUUCAUGCAUCUUGGCAUCAUGUUCUCCUCCACCAGUCUUACACACUGCUUUUGGAUAACUUUAUGCUGCUUUACUCCUGGUGUAAAAAUUCAAGCAGUUCAGUUUGGUGGUUUGAUGGUUUGUGAUCAUCCAUCUUCCUCUUGAUUAUAUUCCAGAGGUUUUUAAUUUGGUAAAAUCAAAGAAACUCAUUAUUUUUAAGUGAUCUUUGUUUAUAUAAAAAGAAAAUAUUUUAAAACAGACAAUAGACAAUGGAAAAUUAAGGAAGCAGUCAAUUAUUGCACACCAUUGAAUAGCUUACAAAAAAUGCAGUAAUUAAAAUUAUUGCACAGAAUAUAGUAUAAUAAUAUAAUAUUAUGUUUAUUGGCCACAUGAGAACAGCUAUACAGCUUUAAAGAAAAAGGAUAAGAGAGAGAGAUAGACUGAAAGAAAGAAAGAGAGAGAGAGCAUCAGUUAUUCACAUAAAUAAACCAAUCUUAUUUUUUUCGAACAAUUAAAACAGUUCUUUAUGUCCGAUAUGGUUCUAGAUAUAACAUAUAUAUCAUUUUUCUGAAUAAGCCCCUCCCCCUUUGCUUUUAUUAAGGGUAUGUAUGAUAUGCAGUAGUUCUGUAUGAUGGACAAGAUAAAGGAAGGAGCUUCUUCCUUCCUCUUCCUCGAUUCACAUUAAGGAAGUCUCUGAUUUAAGAUGCGCGAGGCCUUUCGCCGCGAGCGAGAAAGAGCGCGAGAGCAUGUGAGAAAGAGAGAGAGACAGAGAGAAAGAAAAUCAUUAGAAAUGCGCUGCACCUCAUAAUAACAUUAAUAACAAUAAUAAUCUUUAUACAAACAAUGGAAAUCUUUAAAUAUUUCUAACAUCUCAAAUGGUUCUUUAAGUUUAUUACAGUUCUUUUUUUUUUCAAAAUAAGCCCCUCCCCUUUUUGCUUUUAUUAAGGGUAUGUAUGAUCCGCAGUAGUUCUGUAUGACGGACAAGAUAAAGGAAGGAGCUUCUUCCUUUCUCUUUCUCGAUUUAUGUAAAGGAAGUCUCUGAUUUGAGGCGCGAGAGGGCUUUCGCCAUGAGCGAGAAAGAGCGUGAGAGUGUGGGAGAGAGAGAGAUAGAGAUAAAGAAAGAGAAAAAAUCAUUAGGAAUAUUCUGCACCUCAUAAUGACAAUGAUACCAAUAAUAAUCCAUAUACAAACUAUUUAACACACUUAAAUUAACCUUUAUUAAUUAAUCCAACAUCUUAAACAGUUCUUUGAGCCCAAUAUGGUUCUAGAUAUAACGUAUAUAUAUAAUUCUCUGUAUAAGCUCCUCCCCCUUUGCUUUUAUUAAGGGUAUGUAUGAUCUACAGUAGUUCUGUAUGGCGGACAAGAUAAAGGAAGGAGCUUCUUUCUUCCUCUUCCUCGAUUUAUUUAAAAGGAAGUCUCUGAUUUGAGGUGCGAGAAGGCUUUCGGCAUGAGCGAGAGAGCACGCGAGAGCGUGUGAGAGGUAUAGACAGAGAGAAGAAAGAAAGAGAGGGAAUUAUUGAAAAUGUUCCUCACCUCAUAAUAACAUUACAAACAAUGUAAUCAAUCUUUAAACUGUUAUAACAUCUUAAAUGAUUCUUUAACAACAUUACGGUUCUAGAUAUAACGUAUAUAUAUAUAUAUAUAUAUAUAAAGGAAGUCUCUGAUUUGAGGCGCGAGGGCUUUCGCUGUGAGCGAGAAAGAGUGCGAGAGUGUGUGAGAGAGAUUGACAGAGAGAAAAAAAAAGAAAGAGAGAGAGCAUAAUUUAAAAUGUGCUGCACCUCAUAAUAACAUUAAUAACAGUAAUAAUCUUUAUACAAAGAAUGUAACCAAUAUUCGACCAAUAAUUAAGUCCAAUAUGGUUCUAGAUAUAGCAUAUAUAUUUUUUUUUCUACUUAAGCUCCUCCCCUUUUUGCUUUUAUUAAGGGUAUGUGUGAUCUGCAGUAGUUCUGUAUGACGGACAAGAUAAAGGAAGGAGCUUCUUCCUUCCUCUUCCUCUUCCUCGAAUUUAUGUAAAGGAAGUCUCUGAUUUGAGGCGCGAGAGGGCUUUCGCCCUGAGCAAGAAAGAGCGCGAGAGUGUGAGAGAGAGAUAGACAGAGAUAAAGAAAGAAAGAGAAAGAGCGAGAGAGAGUGCGAGAGAUGUGGAGCAUCAUUAAAAGCGUGGUGCUGCAGUGGCGGGGCGGUGGAGGCGGCGGUACCUGGAGGCGUCCGGGCCGUGCCGCCGCUGAUCUGUCUAAUAACUCACUUGUCACUUCAUUACAGCGAGAGCGAGGGAACGCCGCUGACAGGGGGGUGUCACAGAGACAUCCGCCCCCCCCCCACUCUCGCUUUCUUCUGUAACCCCCCCUAAACCCCCCACCGACCGAGCAACCACCUACCCAACCAACCAACCAGCCGACUGACUCAUCCCCGUCUUUUUCUUCUCGCACUCAAGAGGCCUUCGCCUUCCCCUCGUCCCCCUCUCUCUCUCUCUCGCGCGUUCCCCUUCACUUUCUCGCUUUUCCCCUCUCUCAACUGCCCCCCCGCACCCCCCGACCCCCCGCCCGAGCCUCCGCUGGGACCCCGGGCUAAUAAUACACGCUUAAAGUUCACGGGACGGCCACAGCGCCGUAUAAAAGAAGGUGUAAUUGCCUGUUUAUCCCGCAACGCUGGAAAAUCGAGCAGAGAAAGCCAGCCGUCUCCCCCGAGUCACAGGCCGACGCCCACUCCAACACACCACUCUCUCGCUCACAGAGAGAGAGAGAGCGCCUGGCGCGAGAGCGCGAGAGUGUAUAAGUGUGUGCCACUCUAGAGACUGCUGACAGCUGUCUCUCAAACACACACACACACUAACACACACUCACUAACAUACACUUACUCUUUUACCGCUCUGCGUGUGUGUGUAUCUUUGUGUUAGUGUGUGUGUGUGUGUGUGUGUAGUGCUCACACUCGCGGCGCUAACAGGCCGGCGGGAUGACAGCAGCAAGAGGAGCUGUUAACCUCCGGUGAUGGACGAGAGUGAAAGAGAGAAAGAGAGAGAGAAAGAAAUAGAGAGAGAGAGAAAGAGAGCGAGAGAAAGCUUAUAUGUUUUAGCCACAUUUUAUAAUAGCGCUCCAAUCACUUAUACAGAAGUUACUAUAAUUACUAUAAUUACAGAAUGUUACUACAAUACAAUGUAAUAACACAGUAAUAACACAGUAUUAGCACAGUAAUAAUAACAGUAAUAACCCAUAUAUGUCUUAAAUUGAGUUUAAUUGAAUACACCCAAAAGAAACUUGAUUUUAAAAUGGACUAAAUAUAUUGUUUAAUACAUUUUAAUACAACAAUUUUUACUAUUGGCAUAUGUUAAGUGUGUAUUAGUUGAUAUAUUGAAGUUACUGAAAUUUACUGUUAUGAAAGUUACUGUUAUUGAAAUACUCUCACUGUUAAUCUUAAAAUAGUAACAAUUUUAAAUGGGCAAAUUCAAAGAUAAAGCAACACUUGUUAAGGAUAGAAAAAAUAAACACACCAAAGAAAAAUACAAUAAAUUUCAGCUUAAAAUACAUUGAAAUAUUUAACAACAAAUAUAUAUAAAAAGAAACAAUUCAUCAGAUCAAACGCAGCAUAAAACAAACCCAUAUUCAGGGUCAAAAUUGCAGUAAUUAAUAUCCAGCUUUCCAUAAACACAUUGAUUUAUUGUUAAUUAAUGGUAAAAAAAAAGAAACUUUCAAUACAAAACUGUAAGAGUCUACAGGAGGAAAGAAUAACAAGAAAAAAAGAGAGAAAGAGAGAGAUUUCCACAACCGAAACUCGAUCCGGUGAGAGGAACUGCACCGGCACCAAACCCUCAAACCUUAAACCCUCCAAACUACAGCCUUUCAGUAUUUAUACUUUCCUACAUUUACAGAAACACACAGAGAGAGCGAGAGAGAGAGAGAGAGAGAGAGAGAGAGAGAGAGAGACCCUCCCUUUAUAGUGUACUUUAUCUUCUCCAUCUGAUCUUGUGCAAUUGGUGUGUUCAAGUUAUGCAGUAAACUAAAAAUCAGCAGAAAUUGAGAUACCUUUUCAUUGGAUAGUGAUUCUAUACAGUAAUAGUUCUCAAUGCAUAGGGUUCCACAUCAACCACUUAACAACUUAACCAUUUGAGAUGCCUAGAAACACCCUACCAACCACCUGAAACACCAUAGCAAUCACAUUGCAACACUGUUGCAACAUCAUUUCAUGUUUUUAUCCAUUUCAUCAUUUUAUCCAACCAUCGAUUAUAGUGUUCUUCAUUUCUCCCUCCUGAAUUUGUGAUUUGUGAUUUGAUCUUUUAAUUACAGUAGUGCAUAUACACUAUUAAUACUCAACCAACUGCAUGUGGUACCACAGCAACCACCUAACAACUUAACAAGCAUUUGAGAGAAUAUAGCAAUGCAAUAAUAAAUAAAAAUGCAAUACUCUACCGACCACCGGAAACACCAUAGCAAUUACUAAACAAUACCCUUCCGACCAAUCACCUUUUGCAACACUGUAGCAACACCAUGGAAUCCACCAGAAAUACCCUAUAAACAUCCUUAGAACUAUGUUACUUGGUUAUAAAAACUAAUGUUUACAUUAUGUAGUUUGGAGGGUUUGAUCCCCAGAUGGACCCCUGGAGAAAUACAGUAACUAUGGGUUUAGGGAGUAAACUAUGCUAACACGCUAACUGACGCUAAGCAGAAUAAGAGCUAAGAGGAGCCAUAAGUGAUAAAGAGAAAGAGAAAGAAACAGAGGAAAGAAACAGAGAGAAAAAGAGAGAGCUAAAGUGUAGGAGAGGUCCUCUGGCCUUUCGGCUGCCCCGCUGAUUGCCUGCUGCUGGCGGAGAAUAAUAGGCCGCCCCCGCACUUCCCCCCCGCUGCCCUCCGCUUUUGAGAAAUGACUGACCAUUUUCUCCUGCGAGAGACAGAACCGCCAGCCCGGCCGUGCCCACGCGACCGCCCAGCCAUUACUGUCCCCCACCGUCCCCGGGGCCCGGCUUUUACCGCUGGAAAAAACAGCCUGAGAGAGGCAUUAAUAUUUCAUCACGCCGCGAGCUGGAGACACUCUGAUCCGUACAGCGCCGUCCCAAACACCGCGGCCAGAACACACCGACCAGAACAAUGGACCCGACGCUCCACUGACCAUUACACACCGCCUCACCCUCACAUCAGCAGAUAAAAUGGGUUUAGAGAGGGUUUUAACCACAGCCUGGACACUGCUUACUGUACAAAUACUAUACAGCGUACAUGUAAAACAUUUAAACCAAUCUUUAACCUAACUAGACCCAACAUUACACAUCUAAAUCCAUUCAGGCCAAUCUAUACCCAACUACACACAACCUUACUUAUCUAUAACCAUUUAAACCAAUCUUUAACCUAACUAGACCCAAACUUACACAUCUAAAACUAUUCACACCAACCUCUACUCAAAUAGACCCAACUUUACCUAUCUAUAUCCAUUCUCACCAAUCUAUAACCAACUAAAACCAAUCUUACCCAUCUAUAUAUCCAUUCAAACCAAUCUCUACUCAACUACUGUACACCCAAACUUACCCGUUCACACAAUAUAUGCCCAAUUAAACCUGUCUAAACUCAUCUAUAUCCAUUCACACCAAUCUAUACCCAACUAGACCCAACCUUACCCAUCUAUAUAUCUAUUCACACUAAUCUAUUCACAACUAAACACAGCCUCAUCCAUCUAUAUCCAUUCACACCAAUCUGUACCCACCCAUACCCAUCUUUACCCGUCUAUACUCAUGUCCAUUAUUUCCAAUACCCAUCAAUACUAUAUUUAGUAUAUCUAUCUAUAUUUAGUAUAUACUAUAUCUAUAACUAUAUCUAACUUUACCCAUCUCUACCAUCUAUAUCCAUUCACAUCCAAUCUAUACCCAACUAUACCCAUUCAUACUCAUAUCCAUUGAAAUAUUCCUACUGCAAAUUUUUGGAAAAUGCGUUUCUACUGUAACAUGAGUUUUUAGUGAAAAAACUUGCUAAACCGUCAUCAUGUCUCUGGAUCAGACUGGACUGGUAUUAGAUCAGAAUUAUACCUGCUGACGAAGCUCACACUCUAAAAACACAUUCAAUAGCAAUCUCACUUUUUAUGCUAUUACUUUUUAUGCAACAGUCUAGGAAGAACCCAAAAAUGUGUUCAGAAUCGUAUGAUAAUGUAAAGGUUACUCACACUCACAACUUUCCUUUCCAAACUCGCCUCUUUAGUUCCUUUAGUUCUUUUACUUUUAAACUGGGUGAACUGUUUUAGGAACCUUUCUAAACAGAUAAAGAUUAACAUUCUUGGAAGAAAUGUUCUAGUAAGUACCUAAACAUUGGCACAGAACCCUGAUACGUAUAAUAAUGAAACACAUUUUUACAAGUUUUAGGGCAGCAAAUGUGGAGUGUAAAAAAGUGUUGAGAACCUUUUUAAAAGUGUUAAAAUACAGAGAAUCACCCCUUACAUUGGUGCAGAACCUUCAUACUCUUAAUACUACUUAAGUCUUUAAACCAUUAAACCUCAAAGUUCUAGGUAGGUAACCAAUGUUGGUUCCUUUGUGGCCCAUCUGAAGCUCUGAAGUUGAAGUGUUGAGAUCAUUUUUCUUAAAGAAUAAAGAACCAAAAAUUACAUUCUAGUAAGAAAUAUUCUAGGAUGAAUCCAUAAAUUGGUGUAGAACCUAUUUUAGUUCAUGUGAAGAUUCUUUACACUCUCUUUCCUAGAAAGAACCCUAAAAAUACAUUUAAAAACCCUAAAAAUUAGAUCUUACAGAAAAGAUUGAUUAAAAUGGUUCUUCUAGAUUGUUUUUGUAGUUCUAUUGCUUUUAAAAUCUUUAACAUAUAAUAUGUUUGGAUUUUUUGUUUUGGUAUAAAGAAUUUCUACAUUACUUUCUAUGAAAAACCCAUAAAUUGGUGCAGAUUUGUUAUGUUAUGUGAAGGUUCUUCACUUAUUAAAAAUCUCAUUUUUAAAUGUUUAAUUGUUCUUCAGGUAUGCAGUAACUCCUUUGUAGCGCCAUUACUUCUAAAAAGUGUAAAAUCUACUUCUAAAAAGUGUAAAAAUACCUUCAAAAGAACCUCAAACAUUUUCACUCACAACUGUUCAUAAAUCCAGACACUCAAACUAAGAAGCAGUUAGCAUUAGCUAGAGCUUCACAUUUUAGAGACUGGUUUUAGAGAUCCGGUUUUAGAAGUUGUCGGUUCUGCGGAGCUCAGAGAACUUUGGUGGAAAUGUAGUCUGAUGUGAUUUGUCUUGUAAUUUUAAAGAAAUAUUCCAUAAUACAAUACGAAUACGAACUUAUACAGAAUAAUUCAGCCAGACGUCAUUCUAGCGUGUAUUAAAUAUAUCGGUAUAAAGCGAUUUUUGAAUGUGGUCUGUAAAUAAUGACCCGAAUCUACGGAGCUUUAAUUCUGAUAUAUGUGUUUGAAUCUGCAUUUAGAAUAUUUUAAUUGAAUUUCCCUGAUUUAAUACAUUUAUUUCGUACAUUUUUCAUAAUUUUAAUAGUGAUUUUUGGGUGUUUUGAACGCAUUGCAUGUUGAGAAAUUUGCUGUUAAAAUACUUUAAAAAAUAAGAUUUUUUUUUUUUAAGUUUUUCAAAUUUAAAAAAUAAUUCCCAAUAAUUAGCCCAAUAAUUCCAAUUAUGUAGUUCCAAUCUAUUGACAAGAUGUUUCACUUAAAACCCAAAUUCAUGUUUUUGAGUAUAUGAAGAAUGAAAAAGACAAGGAUUUAUCUCUAAUCUAAUCUGAACUUUAAAAAUCUAAAAGUAAUGAGUUAUAUUAUCUUAUAUGCUGAAAAAAUGUUUUAUUUAGAAACACAAAAAGCGCUGGUAUAAAUUUAUUUAGUUUCAUAAAAAAUACAUUUUUAAUAUUUUAAUAUUUUACCUGACUUAAUACAUUUAAUUCAUUUUCUCAUUUACU